CAACCUCACAAUUUCGCCGUGAUUGUCGCCUCGACUGUCGUCUCUUGCUGGCAUUCACAGGAGGGCGAGGAUCAUUCAGCUACCCACCGGUCCCCUACAACCUUGCAAGCGUUGGCAGGGCUGAUCACAACAAUCUAGGGUGCUCACGAUGGCUUCCACGGCAGCCGCCAGUGAUGCGGCAGCAGCCGCUGAAUUUGCUUCGAGGAGAUACGUCUGGAUCCCUGACAAGGCGGCGGGGUACUUGUCAGCUUGGGUCGUGAGGGAGGAGAGCAAUGGCGAAACAAGCGUCUGCAGUCUGGCAGAUGGAUCGUCGCGAAACGUGGCGACGGACGACCUUAGCAAGAUGAACCCACCCAAAUUCGAAAAGGCAGAAGACAUCGCAGACUUGACAUUUUUAAAUGAAGCUUCUGUAGUGCACAAUCUGAAAGAGCGAUACUACAGCGGUCUAAUCUACACAUAUUCCGGAUUGUUCUUGGUUGCAGUCAAUCCGUACCGCAAUUUGCCCAUCUAUACGGAUGCCAUCAUCGCAGCCUACAAAGGCAGGAGGAGGGAGGAGAACGCGCCGCAUGUGUUCGCGCUGGCAGAUGGGGCCAUGAGGAACAUGCUAGAGAUGCGCGAAAAUCAGUCGCUGUUGGUGACCGGAGAGUCUGGUGCUGGAAAGACCGAGAACACAAAGAAGGUCAUUCAGUACCUCGCAGCCGUCGCGGCGGAUCCUACUGGUGGGCUGACUGGCGAGGAGGCUGCUGGGAUCGGCUCUCCCUUAACUGAGCCCGUUGCACAGCGCACUGGCAGUAUUGUGCGGAGUCACAGCUCUCGUCAUGUCUUGGAUCAGCUGCGAGGCGUGGAGGCUUUGGCGUCUAAGCGACUCGGCUUGCUGGAGCGCCAAAUUCUGCAAGCCAACCCAAUUCUAGAGGCCUUCGGAAACGCGCAAACAAUCCGUAACAACAACUCUUCACGAUUCGGCAAGUUUGUGAGGAUUGAAUUCACAAGCGUAGGAGCUAUUGCUGGUGCCAACAUCGACUGGUACUUGCUUGAGAAGAGUCGAGUGACGACGCGAAGCGACAAGGAGCGAAGCUUCCACAUCUUCUAUCAGAUCUUGCGCAGCAGAGACGAGGGGCUGAAAAAGGCCCUUUUGCUUACAUCAUCGCCAGAAGAUUACGCCUAUCUCAAAGCUUCGCGCAAGCAUGUCGAGGGAGUCGAUGACACAUCAGAGUGGCAGGCGCUAAUCGAGGCACUAUCGAUGGUAGGCUUUGCUUCGGAGGAGCAACACAACCUCUUCAAAGUGAUCGCUUCCAUCCUUCAGGUCGGCAACAUUGAGCUUGCUGAUGACCGAUCUGAGCAGGCCCGUAUCACAAAUGGCGCACAGGUCGAAAAGGCUUGUCAUCUGCUGGGUGUACCCGUGCAGGAGCUUACAACUGCACUUGUCAGACCUAGAAUCAAAGCUGGGCGCGAAUGGGUUGCUCAGGCCCGCACGAGGCAACAGGUGCAGGACGAAAUGGCUGCACUUUGCAAGACAAUGUACGAGAAGAUGUUUGGGACCAUUGUGGAUCGCAUCAAUCAAGCGUUGGAUCGGCCUACAUCCAAGAGCACAUUCAUCGGAGUGCUCGACAUUGCCGGCUUCGAAAUCUUCGAGGUCAAUUCAUUUGAGCAGCUUCUUAUCAACUUCACAAACGAGAAGCUACAACAAUUCUUCAACCACCACAUGUUCGUCUUGGAACAAGAAGAGUACGCAAGAGAGGCCAUCGAAUGGGACUUUGUGAACUUUGGCCUUGACUUGCAGCCCACCAUCGACUUGAUCGAGGCGACAAGUCCAAUCGGCAUCCUGUCGUGUCUCGAUGAAGAGUGCAUCAUGCCGAAGGCCACGGACACCACCUUCACAGAAAAGCUCAACCGCAUUUGGGCAACAAACAAAGACGGCACAGCCAAGGACACGGCAGGGCAGGCCUGGGCAACCGAGAGAGGUGUGGCACAUGGAUCCACGAAGUUCGCCUCUUCACGCUUCGGCCAAGGCUUCACAGUGAAGCACUACGCUGGCGAUGUCGAGUAUCGGACUGCUGGCUGGCUAGAGCGCAACAAGGAUCCUCUCAACGACAACCUUACCAGAGUCAUGUCGGAAUCGAGCGAUCGCUACAUUGCUGCAUUGUUCAGCGAAUUUGCAAGCGAUGAUGCGCCAGCAGCCCAACCUCAAAGCGCAGGUACUCCAGUCAUUGGCGGUCCCAAGCGGCGCAUAAGGAAGGGAGCUUUCCGGACGGUAGCGCAGCGACACAAAGAGCAGCUGACAUCCCUCAUGGGUCAGCUCUCGUCUACGCAGCCCCAUUUCGUGCGAUGCAUUGUGCCGAAUCACGAGAAGAAACCCGGCAAGAUGGACGUACCCUUGGUCCUCGAGCAGCUCAGGUGCAAUGGCGUUCUUGAAGGCAUCCGUAUCGCCCGACUCGGCUACCCCAAUCGCCUGCUUUUCACGGAAUUCCGCAAUCGAUACGAGGUCCUGACGCCAGGCAUCAUCCCUCGUGGCUAUAUGGAUGGACGCAAGGCAUGCCAAAGGAUGGUGGAGGCACUCGAGCUCGACCGUUCACUCUUCAAAGUCGGCUUGACGAAAAUUUUCUUCAAGGCUGGCGUUCUGGCUGAUUUGGAAGAGAGACGCGAUGCGCUGCUGUUUGAUAUCUUCUCGAGGUUCCAAGGCGCAUGUCGAAUGUUUACUGCUCGUCGGCAGAUGAAGAAGAUCCUCAACCGAGCUGCCGCCGUGCGCACGAUCCAGCGCAAUGCGAGACUCUACGUGCAGCUGCGCGAAUGGCCGUGGUGGCAGGUCUACACCAAGGUCAGGCCACUGCUGACUGGCACCAGGCAUGACGAAGAGUUGAAGCGCAAGCAACUCGAGCUCGCCAUGGUCAAAGAGCGGGCGGAGCGAGAUCAAAGAGAAAGAGAAGCGCUAGAGUCACUCAAGCACACCCUAGAGGCGGACAAGAAGAAAGUAGAAGACGCUUUAGAGGCUGAGCGCUCCCUUCUAGCAGAGAAGGACCAACUCUUGGCUCGAUCAAAAGAGCGCGAGUCGGCGCUGGAGGAAGAGCUUGCUACCAUGCAGUCCGAGCUCGACCAGUUGGACAGCCAAGUAGAACGAGCUCUCGCAUCGCAGAAGGCCUCGGAAGUCAGUCGCGCCGAGCUGCAAGCAGCGCUCGGCACAGCCACUGCCCAGAUCCUCAGACUGGAGCAAGAGCAGAGUGCUAGCAAAGACCGCGAAGCUCAGAUAACCGCGGAAGCGACUCGACAUGCUGGCGAGCUGACGCAGCUGCAGCAAGAACGAUCGUCCCUUACUAGCGAAAGUGCAGACCUCAAGCGGAAGAUUUUCGAGAAAGAUCAAGAUCUUGAGCGUAUUCAGAAACGCAUGAAUGAAGCGGUAGCUGCCGUCGAGCUGCGGCUCGCGGAGGAGACCAAAGUGCGGCAACAACACGAAGCCAAGAGCGUGGAGCUAGAGAAUCACGGCAGGACCUCUGCGCGGGAACUUGCUGAAGCGACUGCCGGCGCCGCAGAUUUACAAGCGAAGCUAGUCAAGCAGAGCAGUGAACUAGCAGAGCUCAUGAACUCGGUGACGACGCUGACCCGCGAACGUGAUGCGCUGACCCGUCAGCUUGGCGAGCUCAAGGUUGCUCAGGAGACGCUUGCGCAAGAAUUGAAGGCUGCACAAGCCGAUGGAGGGCGAGCCGCCGACUUGCGCUCGCAAUUGCAAAAGGAGCUCGAUGAGACUCGUCGUUUGAUGGACGCCAAGACGUCUGAAGAUACCAAGCAACGAGAGCUGCACCGACUGAAGGAACAAGAGCUGCAAAGCCUUAGAUCUGAGCUCGCCCAAAUGCAGAAACAACAUGCAGAUGCGGAGCACACUAGCAGUGAGCGAGUCGCGGCGCUGCGUGUCAGCCUGGAGGAGCUACGGCAGGAGCAUUCCAACCUUUCUCGGGUGAGAGAUGACUUGGCUCAGAAGGCCGAUCAGUCAGAGCGAGCCCUCGUGCAGAACAGGUCUCUCGUGGCAGCGGCCGAAAAAGCUCAACGUGCCGCCGAUGGCGAUUUGCAAGGAGCGAGAGAUCGCAUCGCGGCGCUCGAGAGAUCGCAGGCGGAUUCGGACCGAGCUUUGCAAGAAGCACUGGCCCGAGUCAAUGGUGCAGCUGCGAAAGCUAGAGACUUUGAAGAUGCCAUGCUGGAGCUCGAGCGUGGACAAGCAGCUUGGAAGGCAAAGGCCGAUCAGGCAGCCGUGGAACUCUCUGCAGAGUCGAAGCGAAGAGAGCUGCUCGAAAGCUCUUCACGCCAGCACGAGCGGAAUAUUAGCGUGCUUCAGCAACAGCAUGGUGCGAAAGAUCAGGAGCUCCAUAGCCUGCGUGAAACCCUCAAGGGUACGCAAGCGGAGCUCAAGACUGCGCAGUCCAUGACGAACAAGACCAUCGUUGAGCACGUCCACGUUCUGGAGGAGGCUAAGAAGUACACCGACAGGCAACUUGCUGAAGCCCAAAGCAAGCUGCAGGAGCUUGCUCACUACACCAAGACCCUGGAGAAGAGCAAGACCAGGCUCUUGACGGACAAUGAAGAUCUCACAAGAGAGGUGGCACGGCUUCAGCAGGCCGAUCGUGCCGUCAUGAAGAAUGUUGGCUCAAGCGGCGUCACGACCAUGAAGAACGUCGGUGCUAGUGGUUCGACAGCCUCUACGAGCAGUGACAACCGAGCUGUUCGCUCGCUGGAAACCAAGGUCGCCGACUUGCAGCGGGAGCUGACCGCUGCUCGAAGGGAGCGCGAUAGCGCACAGUCAGAUUCGCGUCGCAAGGACCUUCAGCUCGAUGAAGCUGUGAGCCGAAGUCGGGCGCAGUACGAAAGCCGCAUCGCAGCGUUGGAAAGAGAUCUGGCCGGCUCUCAGAAUGCUCGAGGCAACACUUUGCAGCAGUUGUCCAACCUGGCUCGCCAAGGAGGCAGUGGAGCUAGCGACGCUUUCAGGAAGCAGCUACUUGCUGAGCUGCAAACUGGCUCUGAGGAGCUGCAGCAAGACAUGGUGGCUAAAGGGGAGGCUCUUCGCAGUCACAAGUUCAAUGGCACUAGCACAGGCAACGGCGCGUCGUUGCGCGGCUCCAACACGGGCGGCGCUGUGUCCAGCUCCCGCGCAUACUACGAGUACAAUAGCGCAGCGCCCCGCAACGGCUCGACGGUCACACCAGUUAGCGCUAAGCGAGCCUCUCUUGAUUUUGGAGGACCAGGAGCUGCGUCACUGAAGUUCUCAAAUACCGAGGCCGCUGCCGCUUCGCAAAGGACGCAGGCCGCUCUUGAGGCGCAGCUCACAGACGCCAAGCAGCGCCUAGACAGAGAGGUCCAGAUGAGAAAGGACGAUGCAACUGAGAAGGCGCGCUUAGAGCGACAGUGGCAAGAGCACCAGAUCAAUGUCGCGUCUCUCAAUCAGUCCGCUGCUGAAGCCAGAGACGCAGCGGAGAGGGCGCACGCUGCGGAGCGGUCCUCCAGACUCGCGCUGCAGGAAGCGGAGGCAUCGACGCGCGAAGUUCAAGGAAUGGUCGCGGCCCGAGAUGAGCACAUACAGUUCUUGGAAGCUGAGCUCGAGGCGCUUGAGACUCGACUACUUCAGGGCCAGAGCUCUGAUGUCAGCGACCUCCUCGAAGCUUCCCGGCGAAGAUUCAGGCAGGAGCUGCAUACUGCUUCAGAGGAGACCAACGAAGCUCGGGCAAAGCUGCAACAGCUUCGCGAUGAGAAUCUGCAUCUGCGUGCCUCUAAUGAGGAGCUCAACUCGUUGAAGGAAGCGUACGUGGCGCUAUGCGAAGAGCAGGGAGUUGAGUCCGGGUUGAUCAUGUCGCUUCAGAAGGCGGUCGAACGAUACAAACGUGUUGCAGAAGAGCACAUGACAGCGUUCAAAGAACUUGAAAGUGAGUCAGUCACGUUAUGAAGUCGUAUUUGAAAGCGUAUUCACAUGCUUGGAAGGACGCUCUUCUUGAUCCUUUGCAGAGCAAACAGCCACGCUGCGCCAAGGAAGCGUACGCGGGCCUGGUGGUCCUUCCGAAAGCCUAUCUCCUCGUCGCCGAUGAGCGAUUACAUAUAUUUGCGCAAAGCGUC